CACUGAUGCACACUGAUAGGCAGCACUGACUGGCACUGAUAGGUGGCACUGAUUGGCAUUGAUAGGUGGCACUGAUGGGUGACACUGAAAGGCAGCUCAGAUGGGCACUGAUAUGUGGCAUUGAUGUGCACUGGUAGGCACUGACAUGUGGCACUGAUGUGGCACUGGCAUGAGGCACUGAUGGACACUGACAGGUGGCACUGCUGGGGCUACACUGAUCAUCAGGGCACACUGAUCAUCAAUGCCCUGAUGAUCACUGUCAGCGUGACAGCUCGAGAGGAGAGAAAUGCCGAUAACCGGCAUUUCCCUGUUUACAUGUGAUCAACUGUGAUUGGA